GAGAAAAUCAGUGUUGCUCGCGCAGUUCUCAAAUAAACACGUUCGGUUGGCGUUCUCAUAUCUCGAAACAGUACAGUACCAGAGACACUUUCCGAUGGAAUAAUAGAUAUAUAGAUUUAUCUACUGAACUUUCUCAUUCCAUUCAAAAAAUUUUAAAAUUUCAGUGAGGGGGCGAAAUUUAUAAAAUUAUCGUAAUCAAAGACUGUGCCAUGAAAUCUGCCUUACCCUAAGAAUUGGGAUAUUUUUGGUGAAUUGUGAUUUAUAUUUUAGUUGGUGAUAACAUUCUCGUUCUGAAAAGUGCUUGAGAGCUGCUCAACGUUAUGACCGUCGAAACUUUGAAGCCUUUUAUAAAAGUUCCCGUGGAAUCAGGAGAAUCGAAGCGACCAAAUGGAAGCAAGACCGCUUUGGUUUGCCAUUCUAUUGUACUGGCAAUCUUUUACGCAGGACUUUUGGGAUUCGUGAUUUGGAAUUCUGUACGAGUGGCGAACCUUCAAAAAGAAGUUAAACACCUCAACCUGCUGUUAGAUACUAUGCAAAAGCGUCUUGGUUUCGAUUUACUUGAUCUCAAUGAAUUCGAAGAAGCGUAUGGUCACAGUGUGUCUGCAGAAAAAAUAAUCCCUGAUAAAAGCUUCUUUAAUAUGGAUGAUGAUCAAGAUGAAUAUGAUCCUGAACUGAAUGAUAUGGAAGUCGAUGACGAAGACUACAUGGAUGAUGAGCUUCUUGGCGGUAGUUCUGAAGAAGAGGACUUAUCAAAGGCUGCAAACGAAACUUACAAAAUUGAUUUAGACAGUUCUCUCUAUGAUGAUCUCGAUGAAGACUUGGACGAUUAUGAAUACGGAUUGGAUAUAGGUGGCAAUAGUGAUGAAAAUAGUGAACGAAAAACACGGUCAAUUGUAGCACGAAAUGGUGUUCCAGUUGUUGAUGAACCCUACUCUGCUAAAGACAGACCUGCAGAGGGACAAGGCGCAGUCAAACCAACAAUGAAAUAUGACUGGAAUGAGAAAAGGCAACAGUAUUUAGAACGGAAAUAUAAAAAGUAUAUGGAGAUCCGCUCGAAACCAGCAAACAUGCGAAUGGAACAGGGAAAAGAUGGCGAUAGCAAUCAGAACAAUCACCCAACUCAACAGGGACAGCGGCAACAUUGGAUUGAUUCUAGGACAACAGUAUCUCCUUUCACUGUUCAUACUCGUCCUAAUCGCGUUAUGCACACAAGUGAAGACAGAUCGAAAGCUUAUAGAGAAGAUAAGGCGGCAUCGUAUCCUGGACAAGUUGUAUUAACGGGAACACGGCGACGAGUGGCGCGACCAGUACACAAAAGUCUAGAAGGUCGAGGACGACAUCGGUCAGUAGCUGUUCAUUAUGUUGGCGACACAAGUCGUUAUAUCCCGGGUCAUCAUCGACACUACGAAGGAAAUGGUCGUUUAAGGCAUACAGGCGGAGUAUACGUGGACUGGGCCGUUGAUCCUUCAAUCAGUAAUUCGAAUCAAUUCUUCCGCAUGGAGAAUGGGAUUGUGACGGUACAAGAAACUGGAAUUUAUCUCAUUUACGCCCAGCUGUUUUAUCACGAUGAUCAUGAUACAAAUGGGUUCCGCAUCGAAAAGAACGGAGUUCCAUUCCUCAUUUGCACAACUAUGACACAUUCGGUUGACAGAGUUACUAAGUCGAAUACUUGCUUCACCAGUGGCGUUACACUAUUAAAGGCGGACGACAACAUUCGUAUUUCCGAUCUUGCUUAUGAUCGUCAUGUAAUCCUUGAUCCGGUAAGAAGUUUCUUCGGAUUAGUAAAAUUGGGUGCCCAUACUCCCAUUCAUGGCACACAUCAUCAAUCGCAUGAAGACAGAAUGCGAAUGUUGGAUACUAUGAAACGAUCUCCAAAAAUUUUAAAUAUUACUGACAUCUAAUAUUCAAACGACAGUGGGUUCGGAAUGAGAUCAGGACAAUACUAACACCGGUUUUGUGCAAAAAAAUAUUUUUAAAUAAUUUGAGAUCAACUCAAGAAUAAUUCCUUUCAACACCGUUGUCCAUGUAAUUCAAAUCUUGUCUUUAUCCGGCAACCUUAUUACAUAUUCAUUCACGGAUCAUUCCGAACCUGCUAACAAUCUCCGAAUUCUCAUCAUGUGAACAAUAAUUUUGCUAUCUUUAUUAUUUAUAUCGAUAUAUUCUAAUGAAAUUUGAUAGAUGUUAAGAUAAACGAAAGUGAUGAUGAUGACGCUAAAUUGCGCUUGUUUUAUAUUAAAAUUAACCAAUAGGCUAUGAAACUGAUAAAUAUUUACAGAAAAAAAAAGAAAAUAAAUAUAUACAAACACGAAUAUUCGAAGGAUAAAAAAAAUAUUUAGAUGAUAUACUCUUAUGUUAGACAUGGAUGUAUUAUAAUUUUCUAUGAGCCACUAAAAUAGUUAUUAUAUUUACAUUUAUGUAUAUGAAACCAAUAAGAAAUAUUUAAUGUAUGUACACUUUAUUUAAUUUGUAUAUUUAUAUAAUGAAAUAAUGAAUAAAAACACAGUGCCAUUUAAGUGAUCA